UUUCUGAUUAUAGAGGCCCCCAGAAUGAAAAGUGACAACAAGGAAAAUCCACAGCCAGAGGGGGCUAAAGGAGGAAAGCCAUGUGCAGUGUCCCCUGGCAGAUCCAAAGGGAAUGGUCUGCAGAGUCCUGAACCGAGAGGGGCGAAUAUGAAUGAACCCCGGUUGUCACGGAGGCAGGUCAGCCCCCCGAAUGCUCAGAAGCCAUUCACUCACUACCAGAGACAUUGCAGGGAACUGGAAUACAUCAGCAGCCCCCUGAAAAGCCACCCACUGAGAGAGCUGAAGAAAAGCAAAGGAAGCAAAAGGAGCCUGAGCAGUCGUUUGCAGCGUCUUGGUCACCAGCCAACCCGCUCAGCAAAGAAGCCUUACAAAUGUGAUGACUGUGGGAAAAGCUUCACGUGGAAUUCAGAGCUGAAAAGACACAAGCGUGUACACACAGGGGAGAGGCCCUACACAUGCGGAGAAUGUGGGAACUGCUUUGGGCGCCAGUCAACCCUGAAACUGCACCAGAGGAUCCACACCGGGGAGAAGCCAUACCAGUGCAGCCAGUGUGGGAAAAGCUUUCGCCAGAGCUCAAACCUCCACCAGCACCACAGACUCCACCAUGGGGACUGAAAGCAGGGCUUUGUUCUCUCUGUUCAUAAGGAAGGCAUCUGUGUUUCUCCUUCCCCUUACUUGCAUGUAAACCACAGACUGUCUGUGUGACUUACAAGGAAAGCAAGAAGUCCCUGAGGAAUGCUGGUGCACUUUUGGCUACUGAGGAGUCCCAGAAGACACCAAGGGGGAUGUGACCCUGUCGGUGACAGAGUGAAGAGAUGGCAGGUCUGGGUGUUGGGUCAGAGAGAACCAGGAUCUCUGCUGGAGAGCAGGGAGUAACUGCUAAGACAAUCCGGCUGAUCCUGCAGAUGCCCCUGCCUCUUUAUUUAUUCUCUAAACAUGUCCAAGGGUAAAUUACAUACAUACUUAAUGUACUUGCUAUCAUACCAGACAAUCUUUAUCUCUCUCUCUCUCCUCACAAACACACACACACACACACACACAUACACACACUUCUUUAAUAAAGAUCAGUGACCCGCUAGAAUUUCAAGGCAAAAGUUCAUUGGAAUAUAAAUCCCCUAAUAUUCUUACUGUAAUUCCUGGCCAUAACAAAGGACACAUGAAGUGAGAGUUUGAACAUGUUUGUAUGAGGAAAGGCUUUCCAAGUAAAUAGUGCUUUUACACACACACACAAACACAAACACACAGGAUGAGGGAUCUAUUUAUAUGAAGGCACCUUUGAUUUAGGAAGAAAUCUCCACAGCUGCUGCAGCCCCCACCCAGGCAACAGGGGAAAGCUACAACAGGAAAGAAGCACAUAGUGUGUGUGGACAGCUAAGGACAUGCCAAAGGGACCCUUACUACUCUCCUUCCUCACUUAGGCCGGCAGCCUUAAGAAUAACAAAAGACUGGGGUGAUGAGUGUUAUAAAAGUAGAUUAUUUCAGUACAUUUACUUAAACUCAUUGAAAUGGGUUAAUUUUAUGAUAUAUAAAUUAUAUCAAUGAAUUUUCUUAACACAAAAUAUAUUUGUAUAAAAUGUGAAAGUCCUGGAACGAGGCUGGAGAGUUGAUUGAAUUCCAUCCUUUCAUUCUCUCAAAGUAAAAAUCCAAACCCAGUCAGUAUAGUUUUCAGUCACCCAGAGCAAGCCAGCGGACCUCUGAGUUCAGAGAAGACCUCCAGUAGACGGGUGCACUGCCUCCAGCAGGAAACGGGUAGGUGGCAUUCUUGCUAAGGCAUCACUAUCCUCCAGUCACUGCCAGUCACCUCCAGGCUGUGUCCUGUGCUGCAUCCUCACCUCCCAGGGCACAUGCUGUUCCCUUUGAUUUUACAACCUGCCACCCCCCACUGCUUCCUCCCUGUCCCGUCUCACAGGAGCAUCCUACUCAGCAAAACCCUCUCUGACCGGUUCCAGGCCGGCUUUAUUGUGUCACUCCCUGCUGUACUCCACACACCAGUGGUGCUCAACCUGGGAGCAGAUUUGCACCCCUCUCCGCCCUCCCCAGCGAGACAUUUGGCCACGUCUGGAAAUGCUGUUGGUCGUUAUGACUUGGGGGGUGGGAGGGUAGCUCCUGGCCUCUCAGUAGAGACCAGGGAUGCAGCUAAAUGUCCUACAGUGCACAGGACAGCCCCAUAGCAGAGUCACCUGGUCCAAAGUGUCAGUAGUGCCAAGGUUGGGGAACUAUACCGUACACGGUAAAAGCUCUUUAAGGACAAGAACCUUAUUUUUCCAUCAUUUUAGCUUUUAGACUAAGCCCAUGCCCAGCCAAGGGAAAUAGGUGUUCAGUCAGGGCCCGGUCCUGCCUGAACCAGAGAUUCUGGUGACAGUGUGUUGAAUGCAUUUGACAAAGCCUCUUGUCUUUUGGGCAGAGAGAGACUUAAUGGAAGCUCAGUGGCCUUUAGACUACGUCGCAGUCCACUUCCCAGCAACCGUGUUAGAUGUUAGAGGAGCUUGUCUUUAUUACUACGCCUGCGCCUUACCUCGCCCCCGUCUAUCGCCUCUCACUGGUCAGGGCCUCUUGAUUCCUCAUUUGCUCCCACCUCAUGCAUCCUUUUCCAGGACAGUUUUGCUGUCACAAGACCCUCCUCAUCAUGGUUACGUCUGUGUCCGUGCCCUGUUGGCGCUAUAACAUGAUCACAAACUUAAUGGCUUCAAACAACACAAACAUAAUCUCUUAGAGUUCCAAAGGUCAGGAGUCCAAAAUCAGUUUCACAGAACCAAAAUUAAGGUGUCCGAGGGGAGAAUCUGUUUCCUUGCCUUUCUCAGCUUCUAGUGGCCGCUUCCUCCAUCUUCAGAGUGCAUGCUUCCUCCUCUUGUCACCACAUCCCCUUGUCCUCUGACUCUGACCCUCUGGCCCCCUGUAAUAAAGGGCCAUCAUUAUAUUGGGCCCACCCAGCUAAUCCAAGAUAAUCCCCCCAUCUCAAGAUUCUUAAUCACAUCUGCACAAUCCCUUUUGCCAUAUAAGGUAACAUUCAUGGAUUCCAGGGAUUAGAAUGUGGACAUACUUGGGGGGCCAGAUUCAACCAAGCACACCUGUCUGUUGAAUCAACUUGGUUAGUCAAAGAUCUCUCCUAAAAGCAAAUGAACAUAGAUUUCCACUUUUAUUUAUAAGAGUUGGGAUAGGAACUCGUCCUUAAAUGAAAGCUUUGUUUGUUUGGUAUGUGUUGAAGAACCUGUAUGUGUUUUCUCUCUUCUGAACAAUAACUGCUGAAUCUUAAAAGUCUUUGGGUAUCUGUUCAACUGUGGUCCUUGAAUAAAUGUGACAAAAUUA